AUGUCUGAAUCUCCAGUCCUUGCUGGAACCUUAAAAAGGAGGUCUGGAAAGGUCAGUAUGUGGAGGCAAGUAAAAUGCGAACUGUACCCUGGUAAAAUGGUCUUUAAACACAAGAGUACUGGCGAUAUUGCAGAAAUUCUGAAAUUAAAUUCCAUGACUACGAUCCUAAGAGAAGAAGGGGAUUCUCAUAAUACUUUUAUUGUUAAGGAUAGCAAUGAGACAUUGGAACUUGCGGCUGAUUCCUCCGAAUCAUUGCAAAAUUGGAUUAAAAAAUUUAAAGAGUUGACUCUGCAUCAGAAAUCUUUAUCGAUCAGUGACUUUAGGAUUAUUAGAACACUUGGUUCUGGCUUUUAUGGCAAAGUACUUUUGGCUGAACACAAGCAAUCGAAGAAAAUAUAUGCAAUCAAAUCGAUUCAUAAGUCCAGACUUGUAAAUGAUGAUAAGAUUAACACUAUUUUCUCUGAAAGAAACAUUCUUCUCCUUUCUCAACAUCCAUUUAUUGUCGGAAUUAAGUUUUCGUUCCAGAAUGACAAGAAAUUUUAUCUUGGCCUUGAAUAUGUCUCUGGUGGUGAAUUGUUUAAGUUAAUUGAAACUGGCCAUUGCGUUCCAUUUCAACAAGUCCGGUUUUAUGUCAUGGAAGUUGCGCUAGCUCUUGAUUAUCUUCAUUCUAUAGGUGUAAUCUAUAGAGAUCUCAAGCUAGAAAAUGUUCUAAUGACUAAAAGUGGCCACAUUAAGCUUACCGAUUUCGGCUUGUCGAAAAUUGUUGCUGAUGGAAAGGCAGACAAUAGCACAACGUCAACAUUUUGUGGAACACCCGAGUAUCUCGCUCCAGAGAUGAUUUUAUCCAAAGAUUACGGUAUUGAAAUCGAUUGGUGGGCUCUUGGAGUAUUUACGUACGAAUUUUCCUAUACAAUUACUCCAUUUGUCGGAAAGACUAACAAAAAGACUUAUGACAACAUUCUACAUGAAGAACCGAAAUUCCCACCGAAUGCUGAUCCAAAUUUGGUCAGUUUCAUCAUGAUGUGCUUGAGAAAGGACCCAACUAAGCGUGCCACCUUCAAGGAUAUCAAGAAACACCCAUUCUUCGAAGGAAUUAGUUGGGAUGAUGUCCUCAACAAGAAGAUUACACCACCAAGGAAGCCAAAAGCAAAGCCUGCUACGUCUAGGCUUUCUAAGAAGCGUAGACGUACAGAGUCCGAUGCUACUUUUGUUCCUCACCAAAAUGCAUUUGAUGGAUUUUCAUUUGCUGGUGAGAUUUGGUUUCAAUUUUGUUUGAUUAAAUAUUUAUAUGUGCGAAAAUUCAUUGUUUUUUAUAAUUUUCGAAAUUUUUCAGAUUUUGAUUGGCAAUUGCUUUGA